AUGGCUCAUUCAGAUAUGCCUGAUACAAUCGAGCAGGAUCAAAAUUAUGUUCAUCAAAAUGGAAAUGAUUAUACACAUAGUAAGCAUGAAAAUAGUGCUAGUUUUUUAAGGGCUUCAAGAGCUGGAAAUUUAGAAAAAGUUUUAGAUCAUCUUAGAAGUGGAGUUGAUAUUAAUACAAGUAAUGCCAAUGGAUUAAAUGCUUUACAUUUAGCUUCAAAAGAAGGACAUCAUGAAGUUGUUAGAGAAUUAAUAAAACGUGGAGCUAUAGUAGAUUUAUCAACAAAAAAAGGAAAUACUGCACUUCAUAUUGCUUGUCUGGCAGGACAAGAUUUAAUUGUAACAAUUUUAGUUGAAAACGGAGCUAAUGUAAAUGCGCAAUCUUUAAAUGGUUUUACACCACUUUAUAUGGCAGCACAAGAAAAUCAUGAAAAUGUUGUUAAAUUUCUUUUAUCUAAUGGUGCUAAUCAAACACUUGCGACAGAGGAUGGUUUUACACCACUUGCAGUUGCAUUACAACAAGGACAUGAUAAAAUUGUAGCAUUAUUAUUAGAAAAUGAUGGAAAAGGAAAAGUUAGAUUACCGGCAUUACAUAUUGCUGCAAAGAAAGAUGAUACAAAAGCAGCAACAUUACUUUUACAGAGUGACAACAAUCCAGAUGUGACAUCAAAAAGUGGAUUUACCCCUCUUCAUAUUGCAUCUCAUUAUGGUAAUGAAAAUAUGGCUAGAUUGUUAUUAGAUCGUGGUGCCAAUGUUAAUUACCAAGCAAGACACAAUAUCAGUCCACUUCAUGUUGCCUCUAAAUGGGGAAGAACAAGUAUGGCAAAUUUACUUUUAACUGCUGGUGCAAUUAUUGAUUGUAGAACUAGGGAUUUAUUAACACCACUUCAUUGUGCAGCUAGAUCAGGACAUGAUCAAGUUGUUGAAUUAUUAUUAGAAAAAGGUGCACCAAUUAGUGCAAGAACAAAAAAUGGUCUUUCUCCACUUCAUAUGGCAUCUCAAGGUGAUCAUGUUGAAUGUGCUAGAAUAUUACUUUAUCAUAGAGCUAAUGUUGAUGAUGUUACAGUUGAUUACUUAACACCACUUCAUGUUGCAGCACAUUGUGGACAUGUUCGUGUUGCAAAACUUUUAUUGGAUAGACAAGCUGAUCCUAAUGCUAGAGCUUUAAAUGGAUUUACACCACUUCAUAUUGCAUGUAAAAAAAAUAGAAUAAAGGUUGUUGAAUUAUUAUUAAAAUAUCAUGCUUCUGUUCAAGCAACAACAGAAUCAGGACUUUCACCUCUUCAUGUUGCUAGUUUUAUGGGAUGUAUAAAUAUUGUUAUAUAUCUUCUUCAACAAGGAGCACAUGUUGAUUGUGAAACUGUUCGUGGUGAAACACCACUUCAUUUAGCUUCUAGAGCAAAUCAAACUGAUAUAGUUCGUGUAUUAUUAAGAAAUGGAGCAGAUGUAAAUGCAUUAGCACGUGAACAUCAAACACCACUUCAUAUAGCUGCUAGACUUGGAAAUAUAGAUAUUGUAUCAUUAUUAUUACAAGCUGGUGCAAAUCCUAAUGCAAUGACAAAAGAUCAAUAUACACCACUUCAUAUAGCAGCUAAAGAAGGACAAGAAGAUGUAGCAUUAAUAUUACUUGAUUUAGGUGCAGAUAAAACAUUACUUACUAAAAAAGGUUUUACUCCAUUACAUUUGGCAGCUAAAUAUGGAAAUUAUCCUGUCGCAAAAUUGUUACUUGAAAAGAAAACACCAGUUGAUAUUCAAGGAAAAAAUCAAGUUACACCAUUACAUGUUGCAGCACAUUAUAGUAAUGAUAAAGUUGCACUUUUAUUAUUAGAAAAUGGAGCAUCAGCUCAGGCAUUUGCUAAAAAUGGAUAUACACCACUUCAUAUUGCUGCUAAGAAAAAUCAAAUGGAAAUAGCUGGAGCAUUAAUACAAUAUAAAGCUGAUCCAAAUAGUGAAAGUAAAGCUGGAUUUACACCACUUCAUCUUGCUUCUGAGGAAGGACAUAAAGAAAUGGCUGCAUUAUUAAUAGAAAAUAAUGCUAAUGUAAAUGCACAAGCUAAAAAUGGAUUAACACCAAUGCAUCUCUGUGCACAAGAAGAUCGUGUUUCAGUUGCUGAAGAACUUGUAAAAGGAAAUGCUGAUAUUGAUAGUCAAACAAAAGCUGGUUACACACCACUUCAUGUUGCCUGUCAUUUUGGACAAUUAAAUAUGGUACGUUUCUUGAUUGAAAAUGGAGCUAAAAUUGGAUCUCUUACAAAAGCAAAUUAUACUCCACUUCAUCAAGCAGCUCAACAAGGACAUAAUAAUGUUGUAAGAUAUUUAUUAGAAAAUGGUGCAUGCCCUAAUAUUCAAACAAGUAAUGGACAAACUCCAUUAAGUAUUGCACAAAGAUUAGGAUAUGUAUCUGUUGUUGAAACAUUAAAAACAGUAACUGAAACAACAAUAAUUACAGAAACAACAACAGUUACUGAAGAAAGAUAUAAACCACAAAAUCCAGAAGGAAUGAAUGAAACAAUGUUUUCAGAUAGUGAUGAUGAAGGAGAAGGUGACCAAAGUCACGCACAAUAUCACGCUAAAGACUUUAAUGAAUCUUUAACACAAGGUUUACGAGAUUCUGCUUCAAUACAUUUAAUUCAUACUGGAGAACAAUUAUUAAUGAGGAAUUCUGAAAUUGACACAACUGAUGCUGAAUUGGAUGCUGUUAUUAGAAAGGCACAAACCCAACCUGUAACAACAGCUAUACUUGAUAAUGAUCAUUUUUAUUAUGAAAAUGGUAAUGAUGAUAAUACAUCACCUAUUACACAUAAUACUGUUAAUCCAAGUUUCCUUAUAUCAUUUUUAUGUGAUGCUAGAGGAGGAGCUAUGAGAGGAUGUCGACAUUCUGGUGUUAGAAUUAUAGUACCACCAAGAAAAGCACCUGCUCCAAUUCGUGUUACUUGCAGAUAUUUGAAAAAAGAAAAAUUAACUCAUCCACCACCAUUAAGUGAGGGAGAAGCUCUUGCAUCAAGAGUUUUAGAAAUGGGACCAGCUGGUGCUAAAUUUUUAGGACCAGUAAUUUUAGAAGUACCACAUUUUGCUUCUUUAAGAGGUAGAGAAAGAGAAAUUGUUAUUUUAAGAUCAGAUGAUGGUCAACAUUGGAAAGAACAUCAAUUAGAAGCAACUGAAGAUGCUGUACAAGAAGUAUUAAAUGAAUCAUUUGAUGCAACAGAAUUAUCACAACUUGAUGAUCUUCAUACACCAAGAAUAACUAGAAUUUUAACUAAUGAUUUUCCAAUGUAUUUUGCUGUUGUAACAAGAGUUCGCCAAGAAGUACAUUGUGUUGGUCCUGAAGGUGGUGUUAUAUUAUCUUCUGUUGUACCAAAAGUUCAAGCUAUUUUCCCUGAUGGAUCUCUUACAAAAACAAUAAAAGUUUCCCUCCAAGCACAACCAGUACCACAAGAAUUGGUAACAAAAUUACAUGGAAAUCGUGUUGCUGUAUCUCCUAUUGUUACUGUUGAACCUCGUCGUCGCAAGUUCCAUAAACCAAUUACACUUUGUAUUCCUUUACCACAAGGAACAAGAAAAGGAAUGUUAACACAAUAUAAUAAUCAAUCUGGACAAGAACCACCAACAUUAAGAUUACUUUGCUCAAUUACUGGUGGUUCAGCACCUGCUCAAUGGGAAGAUAUUACAGGAACAACACAAUUAACAUUUACAGGAGAUGAAGUUUCAUUUACAACAACAGUAUCUGCACGAUUUUGGCUUAUGGAUUGUCAGACACCAAGAGAUGCUGCUAGAAUGGCACAAGAGGUAUAUAAUGAUGCUAUCUCUGUCCCAUAUAUGGCUAAAUUUGUUAUUUUUGCUAAAAGACCUUAUCCAGUUGAAGGGCAAAUUCGUUUAUUCUGUAUGACAGAUGACAAAGAAGAUAAAACAUUAGAAAAACAAGAAAACUUUAGAGAAAUUGCUAGAUCUCGUGAUGUUGAAGUUCUUUCUGGACGACAUCAUUUUCUUGAAUUUGCUGGUAAUAUUCAACCUGUUACAAAAUCAGGUGAACAACUUUCAAUAUACUUUUUACCAUUCCAAGAAAAUAGAUUAUGUUUUAAUGUUAAAAUAAGAACACAUAGUGAAGAUGAACAAAAUAAUGGUGGUAAAGUUGCUAUAAUGAAAGAACCAAGAAAUAGAACAGAAAAUAUUGGACCACAACAACCUGUUUGUCAAUUACAAACAAAUAUGCCUGAAUAUAUUGGACCAUUACCAUCUGUUACAUUACCAAUGUCAAAACAAAUAUCAACUAAUCCAUUAACUUCUAAAUAUCCUAAUGUUUUAACAUCAUUUAAUGAUAAUGAUGUUAUUAAUGAUAUUCCAAUAGGAGUUAUAGCAAAAAAAGUUGGAUAUGAUUGGCCACGUCUUGCUAGAGCACUUAAAAUUAACGAUUCAGAUAUAAAACAAAUAAGAAAAGAAAUGUAUGGAAAUGAACCACAUAGUUGUUUAAAAUUAUGGAUAUAUCUUUUAAAAGAUGAAGCAACUCUUUCUACAUUAGAGCAAGCUCUUAUAAAAAUUGGCAGAGAUGAUAUUGUUCGUGCCUUGAACAAGUCUAGCCAUGAUUCAGAAGGAGAAUCACUUCGUUUAAUAGAUUUUAAUAAUGCUUCUCCAUGUACAUUAGAGAAGAUGAAAAUUAAACCAGAAAAUUUAAAUUUAACAUUACCUGCAGGAAAAGAUUCUUCUGAAUUAAAGACUGUCACUGUUACAGAAAGAAGAAUUCAUGAAGAUGAAGGUGUACCAGUUGUUGAUGAACAUUCUAUAACAACUGUCUUUGCUGACGAUCAAAAAAUUGAUAAAAUUGAAAUUAAUAGAACAUUGCCAUUAACUGAAGAGGAACACGAACGAUGGAGUGGUGAGGAAGGAGCACAAUCAGAUGAAAAUUCUAAAGAAGAUAUGAUUGUUGUUCAUGAAGAUAAAACAGAUGAUGGUGUUAUUGUACAAACAACAACUAUUGUUACAUCACAUACAGUUGUUGACUCUGAUAAUCAACCAAUAAUUGCGGAAUAUGCUGAUCCAAUAGUAUCAUCAACUAUUGAAGAAUCAAAAGAUAUCCCUGUUGAUAAAGAGUCACAAGAUGUUACCUCAUUUAGAGAAAAUAAAAUAAUAAAUUCAAAUGACGAUAAAAUUAUGGAUGAAGAUGAAAUUGUGAAAGAUGUAAAUGAUACAGCUGAGGAUAAUUUAUCACACAAUUCAGAAGAUAAUGAAUCUACAAGCUCACUCAUUAUAAAAGAAGAAAUUAUUGAAGUCGUGGAAGCCGAUGAUAAUAUUCAGGAUAAUGACGACGUUUCUGAAACACAAAUCACUCAACAUCAUCGCAAAGGUAGCUAUGAAUACGAUUCAACAUAG